AGUGUGGGGUUGGUGGUAAAAGUAUAUUCUCAGUCUUCCUCCCUCCUCACUAUAUAUUUUUCAAGUAAAGAAAAAUAGCUCACUCAAAGUCACUCUCUUUCUUUCUCAAACAAAUCUCACCAAACACACACAGAAAGGCAAUGGAUUCAGAUUUCGGAAUCCCGAGAGAACUCUCUCCUCUUCAGCAACUCCGUUCUCAGUACCAACCUGAGCUUCCUCCUUGUCUCCAGGGAACUACUGUCCGAGUGGAGUUUGGUGAUGGAACCACAGUGGCUGAGGCUUCUGAUUCCCAUAUCAUAGCACGUGCCUUCCCACAUACCUUAGGCCAGCCUUUGGCUCACUUCCUCAGGGAAGCUGCCAAAGUUUCUGAUGCUCACAUCAUUACUCAGCUUCCCUCCAUCAGAGUUGGGAUCGUGUUUUGUGGAAGGCAAGCUCCGGGUGGACACAAUGUAAUCUGGGGUCUUUACGAGGCUCUUAAGGUGCAGGUGCACAACGCUAAAAGCACCUUGCUUGGCUUUUUGGGUGGUUCGGAAGGUCUAUUUGCGCAAAAGACUCUCGAGAUCACUGAUGAUACACUCCAGACUUACAAAAACCAAGGUGGCUUUGAUUUGCUUGGAAGAACCAAGGAUCAGAUCAAAACCACUGAGCAGGUGAAUGCUGCACUCAAAGCUUGCAGUGAUUUGAAGCUAGAUGGCCUUGUUAUCAUUGGAGGUGUAACAUCAAACACAGAUGCCGCUCAUCUUGCUGAAUUUUUCGCUGAAGCAAAAUGUUCAACAAAGGUAGUUGGUGUUCCAGUUACUACAAAUGGAGAUCUUAAGAAUCAGUUUGUAGAGGCAAACGUUGGUUUUGACACCAUAUGCAAGGUGAAUUCUCAGCUCAUUAGCAAUGCAUGCACUGAUGCUCUGUCUGCAGAGAAGUACUAUUAUUUCAUCCGUCUCAUGGGUCGGAAGCAUUCUCAUGUUGCCCUUGAGUGUACCCUUCAGUCUCAUCCAAACAUGGUUAUACUGGGAGAGGAGGUUGCAGCAUCCAAGCUCACCAUUUUUGACAUUUCUAAACAGAUCUGUGAUGCAGUUCAAGCAAGAGCAGGACAAGACAAGAAUCAUGGAGUCAUCCUCAUUCCCGAAGGCAUCAUAGAGAGUAUUCCUGAAGUCUACGCUCUGUUAAAGGAAAUUCACGGGCUACUUAGGGAGGGCGUAGCUGCUGAUAAGAUAUCUACUCAGCUCUCACCUUGGUCAUCUGCUUUGUUUGAAUUUCUUCCUCCAUUCAUUAAAAAACAGCUACUUCUCCAUCCAGAGUCUGAUGAUUCUGCUCAGCUAUCACAGAUUGAGACAGAGAAGCUUCUUGCGUAUCUGGUGGAGACUGAAAUGAACAAGCGCUUGAAGGAAGGGACAUACCAGGGGAAGAAGUUCAAUGCUAUAUGUCACUUCUUUGGUUACCAAGCUCGUGGAUCUCUCCCAUCGAAAUUCGAUUGUGAUUACGCCUACGUUCUUGGACAUAUAUGUUACCACAUCCUAGCAGCUGGUCUGAAUGGUUACAUGGCAACAGUGAGCAACCUAAAAAGUCCUGUAAACAAGUGGAAAUGUGGUGCUGCACCUAUCACAGCAAUGAUGACGGUGAAGAAUUGGUCCCAAAAUGCUAGUUCUACCUCAACUUCAAUUGGUAGACCUGCAAUUCAUCCGGCCAUGGUGGAUCUGAAGGGCAAAGCAUACGAGCUGUUGAGACAGAACGCAGACAAAUUCUUGAUGGAAGAUCUGUACAGAAACCCAGGACCUCUUCAGUACGAUGGUCCAGGUGCAGAUGCUAAAGCAAUGAGUCUGUGUGUUGAAGAUCAAGACUACAUGGGACGUAUCAAGCAGCUGCAGGAAUAUCUAGACCAGGUGAGGACGAUAGUGAAGCCAGGAUGUUCACAAGACGUUCUGAAGGCAGCACUGAGCGUGAUGGCUUCAGUGACUGAUGUUCUCACUACCAUUUCUUCAUCUUCCAAUGCUGGUCAACAGUUUGCUUAA